GUGUGUGGUGUGCGUGGGGGCGAUCCAGUCCAUUCCGACUGGCCGGCUAUGCUGCUGCCCCCUUGCUGCCCACACACACACACAUACACACACAUGGAUGCGUUGGAUGCGUCGAACCUCGGUGCGCUACGCUGACUCUGUCUCAGCUACUUGCUACUUGCUGCUGCUGCUGGUGUAUUGUGUUGUGUGCCGUGCAUCACCCAUCCCGUCCGUACAUCCCGUCCGUCCAUUCCAUGAGUGAGUGUUGGUGUUGUGCAGUGCAGACCAACCAACAAUACUUGCCUGUGUGGUCUGCACUGAUUGCGCGAGUGUCUGAGUGAGUGUCUGACAUCAAUCACUAUCUAUCUACUAUCUGUCUCCUUGAUCCAUUCAUCCAUCGCUCAUCACAUACAGAGAGAUGCACAGAUGGGUCCGUCAACACAGACACACAUUUCACGCAACGAACGAGAAAUGCCGCCCUCUCUCUGCCGGCUGACGGGUCUGGUCUGCUCAUCACACCGUCGCAUCAGAUUCGCCGCCCUAGCUGUGCUUCCUGGUCACUCACUCCUCAGUGUAGCCGAGCCACCUGAGGCAGCGAUGCUGCAAGGAGCAGAAACCGGGCGACUAACACCCACAUGACUCCAACCAGACACACUCCAAUCCAAGACGCAUCCGAUCUGACUGCUACAUGGAUGGCCAAAAAACUCUCAGUGCCUGCCUGGCUGGCUGGCUGGCUCUUGACACACGCAGCAUAAGAUGACAUGGAUGCAGCAGCGCACACCCAGUCACGAGUGCUUGGACAGGUAGUCGGCCACACCCUCAGCCUGACGCACAGACAGACAGACAGACAUGCACGUGGAUUGGCCACACGUGUGUGUGUGUGUGUGUGUCUAGCUUGUGUCUCACCGAUGCCUUCAUUGCAGGUGCACCCUUCGUCCAGUUCGCCGGGCACACCUAGGCACACGCACACACGCACACACAGGUACGUACGAAAAGACCGAGAUUGAGGCCGCCACUCUAUCCAGCUGCGUGGCUGUUUGUGUGGACAAUAAGUACCUCGCCGUGUUUCUCGGUGUACUGCAGGGCAUCGAUGAUGCGCAGACACUGGAAAGGCGACAGACAGACAGACAGACAGACACACAAGUUCGGAUGAUGGCUGGCCAGCUGGCUGUCCGCCUGUCAGCCCCCCCGCCCCCCCCCCCGGCACCUCGUCGACGGAUCUGCCGAGUGGCAGGUCGUUGACGAGCAUGUGGCGGACCACCCCCUCCUUGUCGAUGAGGAAGAGACCGCGGAGGGCCACGCCGCCAUCAAGCAGCACCUGCACACACCACACAGGGAAGUAGAGCUCAGCUACAUGGCAUGGCGACCAUCCCAUCCCUCCGUGUGUGCGGAUGGCCUGCGAGUGAGUGGCGUGCGGUGCGUACGCCGUAGUUCCUUGAGAUGGACUUGGUGACGUCGGCAACCAGGGGCAUCUUGACGCUACCGAUGCCGCCCUGCACCCAACACCGAUUUAUUGCAUCGCACCGAACUGCACUGCACACUGCACUGCGCGGCAUACCUUGUCGAGCGGCGUCAUUUUCCAUCCAUAGUGGCAGAACUGAGAGUCGAUGGACACACCCAACACCUGCACACACACACACACACACACCGCUGUGCGUGUGUUUCUGCCUGUGUGGCCUGCAUGGCCUUCGUGUCAGUGCUCGCCUCGGCGUUUCUCUCGUGGAACUGCGGCAGCGCCUUGUCGAAGGCGAUGAUCUGAAUGGAAUGCACCAGACAAGACACACCACACCACACCACACCACACCACACCAAGGACGUGAUAAAUGCGGCGCGGCAGGCCAUCCAUCACUUCAUGAUGAGUGUUGCAGUGCACUGAUCUGAUCCACCUCACCUCGGACGGGCAGACAAAGGUGAAGUCAAGAGGGUAGAACAGCAGCCUGACAGGCACCAAAGCAGACAGACACAGAGGCACACAUCACAUCGACUAGACUACCUCCUCCACACGUCUGUCUGUCUGUCGGUGUGCUCACACAACGUAUUUGCCUUUGAGGUCCGCCAGGCUGAGCUUCUUGAUGGAAUUGUCGGCAAACACAGUGUCAGCAGUGAACCCUGCACCACACACACCCACACACACACACACACACGCCACGCGCACAUACAUGCAGAUCAGAUCUUCAAUGCCGUGAGUGCAUCGCCUCGUUGGCCUCUCAUCUGCCCAUCUACUGUACUGUACGGUACCCGGGGCAGGUUUCUGCACGAGGCACUGGUAGUGGUGCGUGCCGGUGGAGAAGACGCGAUGCGCUCCGACACAUGCUGCCGCCGCCCGGCUGCUGGCGAGGCUGCUGCUGGAGCAGAUCGCGGUGCGCGAGAUGGUGCUGGCCAGAGGGCGCAUCAGGGACUGCAUUGCUGCCGAUUUGAGAGUUGCGUGGUUGCGCGGGGGCGAGCUGAACACGAGAUGGGUACGAGAGGGGCGAGAAUCGCGAUGAGCCGAGACGGUUCCCCCUUGUGCUCCUUCAUUCAUCAUUCACUCCAUCGACUAGUCAACAUGCAGCGCUGUGUUGUCCCCCCACCUAGAUCACAUCACAUGGCAUCUUACAUAACCCACUAGACAUUUCCAUAGAGUGUGCGGUGUGCAAAGGUAGCAACAGUCAGAGCCUCCUGGUGUGCCUUGCAACGGUGCAUGGUGUAUUGGUGAGUCCAAAAGGUCAAAACCGACGCACCACGCGGCGUUAUUGUGCACACGUGUGCG